AGACGAUAGAAUGACGCAAAAAGAUCGUCGCCAAGAAAAAGUCACGUCGUCGUUCAAUGUCAAAUUUGCCGACGUGCCGGCUAUGCGUGAAUUCCCAGUCGUCGUCGAGGGUGAGUCAGCCAUCCCUCCGAAUGAGGGGUCAGGGAGAUGAUCGGAUGCGAAGGAAGAGGGAACGCGAUUAAUCGACAAGAUUGGGGAAGUAGAAGCCAGACGUUGAUUGGUUCUCGUACGAGAGCGGUGGAAAUCCAGUCCAGGAACGUCGUACAUAGCAUCAUAUUCAUGAUUCUGCUAAAUCGUAUCCUGAUGAGAAACGAGACGCAGAUGCAUCCCGAAGAGCCCCUCAUUGCGCCGAUCCUGACAAAGGGGGCCUGUCAUCCUGAGAGGGGACGCGCUGCGGAUGGAGAGGGAUGAACGACGGGCGCUGCUCGACGCUGCUACCUGGUGUUACGUGCCGCAGAAGCACUAACUGGUCAGUCAGUGUACCGUCUCGUUCCUGCCCUUGAACAACUUCCUCGACUGCUACUAGACAGUGUUCCGCGCCUGCUUGCCUGCCUGCGCACCAGAAACUCGCUCGCGUCAACUGACAGAUUAAGAAGUACAAGGUUGAACCAUGUCGAGUCCAUCGUUGAAAGAUUUGCCCAAAGUAGCCCUAGACUUGAAAAGCGAGCUGGAAGGUUUCAAUCACGGUUGCAUGAAGAAAGCUGCCACUGCCGAGAAAAAUGUUUUACCUUCCGCUGAAGACGUACGACAAGAGAGGCAGCAUUCUGAGUUGAUACAUGGCCUGGAGACAUUUAAGGCAGAUCAGUUGAAGCAUGCCGACACGAAAGAGAAGAUUAUAUUGCCUAACGCCAAAGACGUUGCAGCAGAAAAGACCCAGCAAACGCUGAUCGCCGGAAUUGAGAAAUUCGACACCGCGAGUCUGAAGCAUACCGAGACUCAGGAGAAGAACCCGUUACCCGAUAAAGAUGCGAUCCAGCAAGAGAAGGGGAAGCAACAGCUGAUCUCCGGUAUCGAGAACUUUGAUCCGGCGAAGUUGAAGCAUGCGGAAACCCUCGAGAAAAAUCCCCUGCCCACCAAAGAAACGAUCGACGCCGAAAAGAUAGCCGCUUAGAGAAGCUGCCGCUGAUGAAAAGGAACGAAGAAAAGGAAAGGGGACGGCGCCACACGUCGUUUCUUCCAUUUUCUAUAUCCGUGACAUUUUAUAACAAUUAUUCAUACAUUGCCAAGGAAAAAAAAGCGCGAAUGCGAAGCACUGUAUUAGUAUCGUAAUGCUAUGAUUAUACUUAUCCUAGCGUCAUUACCGGCGUAUUUUCCUUCUGGCGAGAGAUCAGAAGACUCUCGAUCCAAAACGUCCAACGUCGAAUCGGGCUGAUAACGAUACCGCUUUGCUGCCUGUCCUAUCUCGGUAAAUUGCUCCGAGAAACAAUUCGACACAAUCAAACAACAACGAGAGCGGAUUUAAAUAAUACUGUAAGUCCUUAUCUCGCUCCAAGCUUUUUCUAACUUGCCUUUUUUCUCCCUUAUUAUAUCUAUUCUUUUUGUUGCUAAAUAUACGGCGGAUAUUAUACUUACAAGUCGUCUAAAUCCGGCUGUUCAGCUAGGGAGAAACUGAGAAAGAAAAUUUUUAAUACAUGUAGCGAGUUAGAAAUUUUGCUUUGCGCGAGACGGGGAGGCCUAAUUCAAAAGACCGCAUGGAAUUGUCUCCUCGCCGAAGGAUGUAAUUUUUUUAUAUCGAGAGAAU